GCAGACGCCGCCGCACGUGCCGGCGCCGCCCGGAGAGGCGCAUGCGCACGCCCGUCCCGCCGCUGCCGUCGCGCACUUUACGCAUGCGCGCGGCGGACGCUGGGUUCCCCCGGUCCCGCCGGAGGCGGCCUGGCGGAGCCUUUGUUUUCUUCCCUUGGUUGUCUUUGCUUCUUCAUUCUGUUAAUCUGAGAGCCUGAAAGAGCCUCCUUCCCCGAUCAGCCUUGUCAUUUGGACUUGAAAGAAAACUGGAGGAAAGAAAAAGGUAUUCCUGUGCUAAAAUUACGCUGUCCAUAAAUUUAAGACAAGCAAGCAAAGCAAACUAGUUCACACUGCACGUCUCUCACCAUUUCCAACACCAAGGAGAAGCCGGAGGUCAUUUAAUGACCAAAUAAGGUCUCAGUUCUCGUGAUUUAUCUGAUAUGCUUCUCCUGGAGCCAUGGAUGAAUACAGCCGCUUUGUGGAUUGGGACAAAAUGGAUGUUACUGUCCAGAGCCAGGAUGCGAAGGAGCUAACCUGCACGGAGUUCCAGGAGCUCAAGCAGCUGGCCCGGCAGGGCUACUGGGCCAAGAACCACUCUCUGAGAGCCAAAGCAUACCACAAGCUGAUUAGCAAUAUCCCAUGCCGCACAGUGACCCCAGAUGCAAACGUGUACCGGGACAUAGUUGUGAAGAUCGUUGGAAAACGUAACAGUAGCUCCCUUCCACUGCCAGAGUUUGUGGAUGACAGCCUGGUCCCCACGUACUGCUUGAAUGCUGAAGGCAUCGGGGCAGUCAGGAAGAUCAUAUUGUGCAUUGCGAAUCAGUUCCCAGACAUAUCCUUUUGCCCAGCACUGCCUUCUGUCAUAGCUUUGCUCCUCCACUACAGCAAAGAUGAGGCAGAGUGCUUUGAACAGGUUUGUCGCAUGCUGGCUUGCAAUGACCCAUCUAAGCGGCUCAUCGAUCAGACAUUCUUAGCUUUUGAGUCCUCCUGCAUGACCUUUGGUGACCUGGUGAACAAGUACUGUCAGGCAGCACACAAGCUGAUGGUGGCAGUGUCCGAGGACGUGUUGGAGGUCUACUCCGACUGGCAGCGGUGGCUCUUUGGAGAACUGCCAUUGGCGUAUGUUGCUCGGGUCUUUGAUGUGUUUCUGGUGGAGGGCUACAAAGUUCUCUAUCGUGUCGCGCUGGCUCUUCUGAAAUUUUUUCGCAAAGUCAGAGCUGGGCAGCCCAUGGAGUCUGACAGCGUGCAGCAGGACAUCCGAGCUUUUGUGAGGGACAUUGCCAAGUCAGUGUCCCCGGAGAGGCUUCUAGAAAAAGCCUUUGCUAUCCGCCUCCUCUCGCGGAAGGAGAUCCACCUUCUGCAGAUAGCCAACGAGAAGGCUUUGCAGCGGAAGGGCAUCACGGUCAAACAGAAAAGGCAGAAUGUGCACUUAGCAGUUCACGCUGAGAACUUCAAGUCUGAAAUUGUCAGUGUGAAAGAGAUGCGAGAUAUCUGGUCAUGGAUCCCAGAGCGAUUUGCACUUUGCCAGCCCCUCUUGCUUUUCACCACCUUGGAACACGGCUGUAGUCUGAACAGGUUCUAUUCUCGCAGCGAGGGACAUGAACCAACUCUUCUCCUCAUCAAAACCACAGCAAAAGAGGUCUGUGGUGCUUAUCUGUCAACCGACUGGGGCGAGCGCAGGCGAGGCGGGAGCAAGCUGAGUUUCUUUGGAACUGGGGAGUGCUUUGUAUUUAGGCUGCAGCCAGAAGUGGAACGCUACGAGUGGGUGAUCAUAAAACACCCAGAACUGGCCACAACUGGUUCGGAGCCAGAAAAUCACGCCUCACGAGCUUCCAGCAGCCUCUCCUCCAGCAGUGUCACAUCAGACACCUCGUCUCGCCUUUCUCCCUUCUUAUCGGCUCGGCACUUCAACUUGCCUUCCAAAACAGCCUCCAUGUUCAUGGCUGGCAGCAGCGAAUGCAUCAUUAUAGGAGGUGGUGAUGGCCAGGCUCUUUACCUCGAUGCAGAUCUGAACCACGGAAGAACCAGCCACUGCAAUACUUUCAAUAAUCAGCCAUUGUGCUCUGAAAGCUUCCAAAUCUCUGUCUUGGAGGUGUGGGGCUUCAGGGACGCCAUCAAUGGUUGACAUGACUAUCAUUAAUCAACUAGUUUUUCAAUUUUCUUAGGAUUCCCAAGGGAAAUUCUAACGCAGGAGCCAAGUUGGAACACAAUUUCUGCUGGGCUCUGUGUUUUUGAUUAUAGUAUUACUUGAAUGCAGGGCCUAGUUGUUUACUUUUAUUUAAGAGAGGUCAAGAUGAAAUAAUUUAUCUGAUUAACUCCUUAGCUCUUUACCUCUUGAGAUCUGGAUUCAGGUCCUGUAAUUAGGUAAAAACAAUAGCGUAAUGAUUUCAAACCAUCCUACAUGUACACAAGUCUGUAUUGCAGGAUAGGUUUGCAGUUUGAUGCGAUUCCUCAGAGGCACAGAGCUGGCUGAGGUGUGCUGGGGAGCUGCGUGCCACUGGCACCACGAUCUGACUUGAGCCAGUAACAUCAAAUGUCUGCUCACAGGGAACGCUGAUGACCUCAGAUUUGACAUAGAGCAGUAGUUCAUAAAAUCAUUGCCCUGCUGUAAGCUGACAUUGUGCAGACAAAUUGUGAGUUACUAUCAGUACCAUUUCAUAAGUUAUGGAUGCCCCUAGUUAUCCUUCUCCUUGUACCUGAACUCUUGACACAUUCCAGUUGCAUCUGUUGGAGGAGUCUGCCUCUGAGGAAGGCAUCCAAACUGGACAACAAUAUCUCAAAGGCUUGAUUUUGUUUACAUUCCUACUCCAUAUCAGUAUAAUGACUUCAAACUGACUCAUGUUCCAGGCAGCUGAAAGCCAGAGCGUAUAUGCAGUGCUCAGAAACUUCCCAUUUCUUUGUCUUUCCUGGAAGCUGAAAUUGAGCUUUAAAUCUGAGAAUAACUGUGCUGAUAUCGCUAUGUGUUUGGGGAAUUAGCCAUUGUGAUACAGAAGCUUAAUGCUCUUGCAACAAGUAAAUGAAGUGGCAGUGAAAUAUUCUAUGGAAUAUUAUUCCGGAAGUGGAGGAGUUUCCCAGGAGAACUCUAGGUGACACUGUUUCUCCAUAUCAUGAGUCUUCCCGGUGGUGAGAUCCUGAAAAAGGCAAUGCUCUUUUGCUAGCACUGUUCUGGGAGGGUUUGGACAAUGCAGCGAGGCUUCUGCUUGUUCCCGAGAAUUCAACCAGUUCUCUGCAAACUUGCCUUGUGGUAAGUGAUAUCUGGAGGCAAAUGCCCAGUGUCUUUAUCUGAAAUUUGCAGUAUCUGCUGUAGAACUUCUCCCACAUGAAGCACAAGUACAUAAACAUCAGUGGAUAGUCCAGAGCAUAGGAUGGGAUGCUCUCAAAGCUUUAGAGCUGGUAAGAUUUACCACAACAGGUAAAAUGGGGGGAAAGAGGAAUUGCUGGGUUUUUUCACCAGUUCAGUCUAAAAAGUUGCUUUGGAGUGGGGGAAAUGUUAUUGCUACUUAGACUUGAAGUUCAUUAAAAGGAAAAAUUAAAAAUUUCUAGUGGUAAAAAUCUCAGGCUGGACAGGGUCAUGUUAAUAUUCAGAGGUCACAGGUGUGAGUCUUGUUGGUAAUAUUGGCUUGUUUUGCUCGCCAGCGAUGUAAAUACCACGUGUCACGGUCAAACGUUGCCUCUUGCAAAAUACAUGAACAAACUUGGUUAAAAUGUGAUUUGCUUCUGAAGGUGCCAUUUUGAAUUUUUGUCAAAAUAACUCUUUGAAAUAUUAGACUUCAUACAUAACAGUUUUGCACCAUUUAUAUUUGCAAUUAUAUUUCAACCUGUUUGAGAGUCAGCACUGGGCCUCUCUUUCUUUCUCUCUUCCCACUCAGUGAGUUCUGUCCAGCUGUCUUUUCAUAGGUUUACCAUAAGCUUGACUGGACGGGAAGGGAAGAUAUAAUUCAAUUAUACUUAUGUAUUUUGAUGGGGAGGAAUUUGAACAGUCAUACCUGGCUAUUUACAAAUGCCGCCUGAUGUUGCCUCCUAUUAUUUUUUUAAAGCUAGCUGCAUCACUUUGCACUUGCCAGUAUCCCACAGGCUUCCUCAGACAAAAGAAAUCACUAAAAUAAUGUAUCCCAUUCAGUAGGUUCUCUUAAAUGCAAGUGGGAUUUCAGUUUUGUCCAUAUCUCCUCUCUUUCGAGCUUGUCUGAGGUGCCCUUGAAAAAAAUAAAACACAAUAGCAUUAAUUUUCAGCUUGUUAACGUCAGAAAUUCCCUCGAGCUGUGUGUUGGCAGGAUUUGUGGUACUUUAGUAUUACACUCUGAAUGAAUAGGUUUUAUCUGCAAAAUCUUUCCCGCAGCUGGCAGUGAAGUGAUUUUCUCACUCCCCAUCCCUGCCAGACACAACUGUGUCAGUGAAACCUGAGUACUCUUCCAUGUCUUAAGCCAUAUCCAAGAAACGCUGAUCCUUUGCCUGCUCUGUCCUUGGUGCACAAGGAUUUGCGUGUUUGAAAUCAGAAGUAGUUCACAGUUGCUCAGAAAUUCAUCAUAGGAUAUUGGUGUGAGAAUACGAGGAGCGGGACUGAAAAUUGGUGAGGUUUAGGCAUCUGAGUCUCAAGUGUCUCUCAGGUGUCAGUCACAGGCCUCAGCUCAGCUUUUCUUGUGCCAGAUGAGCACAGAUUCUGGCCCUCCUGGCAGCCAAGGUCCACAAAAGACCUGAUUUUGGUAGCUUAUCUGGGCAGCCAGCCAGUCUGUCGCAUGGGACUGAAGGUGAAUCUUCACUUUUAAGGUAAGAGGUGAUGCGGGGUGGCUGGCGGUGUCCCCAGCUGCUCUGUCUGUGUGUUCACAGCUGGUGUGGGGGCGUGUGGAGCUCACACUGCACCCAGAGCAAUUUAGGUCGUGACCUGGAUGGGUUUGCAAGUGACGGCAGGGGGUAAAGGGUUAAUGGGUGAUCUUCCUCCUGCUGACUAUUCAUAUUCAUCUCCAUCUCCAGGCACAUGUUGCAGGGAGGGGUUUAGUUAGACACAGCAAUACCCUGCUGCAGACAUCCUGCAGGGACUAGUGUGUGUGCUUUAAAUGCGAAAAGCCUGAAUAAGCAAGAGGCUGCAAUCAUCUAGCAAGAGGAAUUGGACAAUGCUGUGUCAGGUUUACGCAAUCCUUUUGUUCAGUAAAAAUGAAUGUUCCUUUUCAUGUGCAAAUCCUUAUGUGUAAUUCUUGUUAUGGUUGUGACAGCUUCACUUGGUUUUCUUUGCAGUAGUGAAGAGGCUUUUUUUUUAUCUGUGUAGUUGAUGGUUGUUGCUGACCAAGUGUAUAUCAAAGUUCAGGUAAUUAAGUCAACAGUUUGUUUUACAUGCAAAACUCUUGAGGUGGAGACCACAGGCUGGUUUUGAAGACAAUAACUACAAUGGCACCUUAUCAGAAAGUUAAAGUUAUCUGAAGUACUGCAGCUGUGAAGUGUUUUGGUCAUGUUGUAACUGAACAGCUGUUGAUGUAGUUUGUAAUCCUUGAUUGUCAUCCCACUGGCAGCAAUGACAGCUGGUGCCAGUGUCCUUGGUCCGCUGUUUGGGGUGGAGCUGGAGUCUGGGCAUCAGCUACCGUGGUUCUUCAAGAGCAUGUUUGCUUUCCUGUGAAGCUGUUUUGCUUUGUGAUAGCCUCUUGAAGGCAGAAAAGGGUAGAAACUCCUGACAUCAGAAAUGUGAAUUUAUUGUAAAUGGCAUCUAAGCUGUUUCCAGGCCACAGACCUUUUUCCAGCUGGUCACCAGGCUGGCCAGACUUCAUUGCUGGACCCAAAAGCUGUCAUUCCUACAGAUCAUGCACUUCCACACACUUUUCUGAUGAAGCACAUUAAUCGAUCUCUUAUUAAUAGAGGCCAAUUAACAAAGGGAAGGGGAAAAAAAAAACAUUUCCUCUCUGUUGGGAUAACUGAAAGCAAAUUGGAGGGACAGGCAGUACUGCUCUUUAAAAAGUUAAACUUCAUGCCAAUACAGAUCUAUGUUUACCCAUGGAGGGCUGACACUUGCAGGCUGAUCAACUGCUAUUCGUGUGUGUGUGUUGAAAUUAUGUGCUUUGUCCUUGGAAAUCUGUCCUCUGUUUGCUGGGGAGUGAGCUCCUGUGCGCACUGACCACACCAGCGCCACGACCAGCGGGGACCACGAGCUGGCCUGCAGCCGCGGUGCUGGGACAGCUCAGCUCCGGUGACUGACACCCGCUUCUUGGGCAGAUCGGAGGUUUGGACGCCUGGCAGUUAAUGCUGGGAUGACUUUCCGCAAGCUCCGUGUCGUGAAUUUCAGACUAUUCAUAGUUGAGAUGAGUGUGUGUGUGUGUGUUAUUUGGGGUGAUGUUUUUCUUCGGGUGACUGUGAUGUGCUGCUGAAUUGGUUUCCUACCCUACCAUUGGAAUUGCUGCCCUAUAUUGAUGGCAUUUUUGUCACUGUGCAGAAUCUUGGAUUAUAUUAAAAGGUGGUUUUGACUGUGGA